UUCUAUUUUCCUUUUUCACUCUUUUUCUUCUUUUUUUUUUUAGCAAAGGAGAAACCAGCGAAGAUGGGAUUUCAUCUGCGUUGAUUCAUUCCAAAUCUGGAAUUGUUUCCGUAAAAGAAAAAGAAUGGAGUUCACUGAAGCUUAUAAACAAACUGGACCAUGCUGUUUUUCUCCUAAUGCUCGUUACAUUGCGGUUGCCGUCGAUUAUCGUCUCGUGAUUCGCGAUACACUCUCGUUCAGGGUUGUGCAGUUGUUUUCUUGCUUGGAUAAGAUAAGCUAUAUCGAAUGGGCACUUGAUUCUGAGUACAUUCUUUGCGGUCUCUAUAAAAGACCAAUGAUACAGGCAUGGUCCCUCACCCAACCUGAAUGGACAUGUAAAAUAGAUGAAGGUCCUGCUGGUAUUGCUUACGCAAGAUGGAGCCCAGAUAGUCGUCACAUACUGACCACCUCAGAGUUUCAGCUGCGAUUAACAGUUUGGUCAUUAGUGAACACGGCGUGUGUUCAUGUACAAUGGCCAAAGCAUGCUUCCAAGGGAGUUUCAUUUACCAAAGAUGGAAAGUUUGCUGCUAUUUGCACAAGGCGUGAUUGUAAGGACUAUAUUAAUCUGCUGUCUUGUCACUCUUGGGAGAUCAUGGGUGUUUUUGCUGUUGACACAUUGGAUUUGGCUGAUCUUGAAUGGUCACCAGAUGACAGUGCAAUAGUGAUCUGGGAUUCUCCUCUUGAAUAUAAAGUUCUAAUCUAUUCUCCAGACGGAAGAUGUCUCUUUAAGUAUCAAGCAUAUGAAAGUGGAUUGGGAGUAAAAAGUGUUUCAUGGUCUCCCUGUGGCCAGUUUCUUGCAGUUGGUAGUUAUGAUCAGAUGCUUCGAGUUCUAAAUCACCUUACUUGGAAAACUUUUGCUGAGUUUAUGCACCUGUCAACUGUUCGUGCUCCUUGUUGUGCUGCUGUUUUCAAGGAGGUGGAUGAGCCACUGCAACUUGAUAUGUCUGAAUUAUGUUUGGACGAUGAUUUUAUGAGAGGCUCUGAUGCUCCAGAAGGGCACUUUAAAGUUAGAUAUGAGGUUAUGGAAGUACCCAUUACAUUGCCUUUCCAGAAGCCUCCUGCAGACAAGCCUAACCCUAAACAAGGAAUUGGUCUUCUCUCAUGGAGCAAUGACAGCCAGUUUAUUUGUACUCGCAAUGAUAGCAUGCCUACUGCUCUCUGGAUCUGGGACAUACGCCAUUUGGAGUUAGCUGCCAUCUUGGUGCAGAAGGAUCCUAUUCGUGCAGCAGUUUGGGAUCCAAUAUGCACUCGCCUUGUUCUUUGCACUGGAAGCUCCCAUUUAUAUAUGUGGACCGCUUCUGGUGCAUACUGUGUAAGUAAUCCGCUACCUCAGUUCUCUAUUACUGAUUUGAAAUGGAAUAGAGAUGGGAGCUGUCUUCUCCUCAAAGACAAGGAGUCAUUCUGCUGUGCUGCUGUGCCUCUACUGCCAGAAUCUAGUGAUUAUAGCUCAGAUGACUGAAGUAGUUUUCUCUAUUAAUGUGGCUCAUUGCUAUUAAGAGAAACAGAAAAUGUAUAAAUAGGCAUCUUUAGUUAUUAAGCACCCCCCCCCCCCCCCCCUCGCUCUCUGCCCGACCCCUCUGUCUCUCUCACUCUCACUUUGUAAUAUGAUCUUGUGCAUUUGGGACUUCAAUGACAGUUCUAUGAAGCUAUGAAAAUUCAUGUAUUGUGGCAUUCCUUACCCAUUUUGUUCAUAGUUCAUGGCAAUUAAGGAAACCUCAGAACAGUCACCAGAUUAAGUAUAUCAUGCUCAAUUUAAGA